AUAAAAUGAGUAUUUUAGAAGAAAAAAUAGAUUACAAAUGUUUAGAAGAAGAAUUACAUCAGGCUAUAAAAGAUGAUGAAUUAUAUCAAUUGCAAAAUGACGCAAAGUUUAGAGCAAUCGAACAAAAAGUACCGACCUACAAAGAUUUUCGAGAAAUGGUAAAUGCCGCUCACCUUCAACCAUUAGCAAACAGUGAUCAGAAAAAUAGGACUUCAAUAUCUAAAAAUAUUUUCGCUAAUCGAUCAGAAGAUUGGGAUUUAGUUUCAAAAGCUCAAAAUGUAAAAUUAACUGCUCCACUUUUCGAAAGUGAUGAAACACUUUCGAAAAUUGUUCCAAAGGACACAAAAGAAUUUUUGACUAUUUGGAAAAAAAUCACGAAUUCUGAAUUGAAAUUCAAUUAUUUACUCGACUCGAGAGACCAAUUGGGAAAAAAAAUAUUUAUUAGCGAAAUUCCAUGCGAAUUUUUCGAGGAAGUGAUUAUUAUUUCCUCAAAGCAAUUGUCGAGUUAUAAAAUAGAGAAUAUAAUUGACUUAUUUAUUAAAUUAAGCAAAUGCAAUCGUUUCGAGUUAAAUUUAAUUUUUUUGCCCGAAGAUAAAAGGACGAUUUUAAGGAAAUUACUGCAAGAUUUACUUUUAACCGAAAUAAAAGAUUCACAACAAUUAACUGGCAAAUAUAAAACAAUAUUAAACUAGUACUUCCAAUUUUUUAACUGU